GUUUGCCGAUUUGUUAAACAAAUAUGCUUUAGCGAAGAGCCACUGCCCGCAAACAUUCGAAUAUACGACGUUCUUCAAAGUUUGGUCACGCAUGGGUGUAUGUUUCGAUGAGGCUGAUUUUGAAGAAGUUGCUGCAUGAAUGAAAAACGCCCGACAAACGUUCAAGACGACUGUCGAUUCGAAUCUCGCUCUUACUGAGAUCAAAAUAGCGCAUGACAUUGAUAGCACUCAAACUUAUGACAAAGCGCAAAGGAGGCGUGAAUCGAAUCGCAUUAUACUACAGGAAAUACUACAGAAGAAGGGGUUCUGUACAAAAUUACGCGCGCUUCCACAACAAGCUGGCUUUGCAAUCCGAAGUAUUCAUUUUGAAUGGCUGAAGAGUCCGCAAGGAAGGGAUAUAACUAUCAUUGAGAAGGGAAGUGAGGUCGCAAAUUAUGCUGACGCUUUACUUGACGCUGUAAUGUUUGUACCUGAGCUGUUUGAUAACAAAUGCGAAACAUAUUAUGACGACGAACUAUACAAACAAACUUACCACCAUUCUCCAAUAGAGAUUAUUUCAAUGGCUAGCUGUGAUCACUCUAAGUCAUUGAUCAACGUGAUUAACUGGUUCGCUCGCAUCAAACAAUGGUGCACCAACCGAGAUUAUCUCAGGACGGAUUUCGUUACAGAGAAUGGGCAAUUAGGCAUAUACCCAUUCACAUCUCAGAAGCGCGAUUGGCUGAAACUACCUAGGUGGGACUCUAUCCUCCGAGACCUUGAAAGCCUGUACCUGAAGGAGGAAGAUAUGAACAAGAGAAAACAUCAACGAGUCGAUCAACCUACUUUCUUAAAAGUCGGUAAAGUUCAAGUCGGUGGACAAGAACUUUCAAGCAAGGAUACUAAUACAGCAGAGUCACCCGUCAGGAAUAGGAGCCCAGCAGAAGAAAUCUCGAAGCCUAGUAUGAGUCGAAGUCAAUAUUUCAAGGAUUAAUUUGAUACUCCUGCCACUCUUCGUGUUCCACAUCACAAUCCAAUGCGUGAAGGUUUUAGCAGGACAACUAGAACUUGGGGAAGUAUAGCAACAAGAGGAGGUAGGGCAACUAGGGGAAGCAGGGUAAGGGGAAGCAGGGUAAGCAGGAAUGUUUCAUCUCAGCACAGUAUGAAAGUUCUGGAUGUAUCAGAAUUGCAGAAUUCGUUUAAAGCCAAUAUUUCCUCUUCGGAAGUACCAGGAACUGGAACCAUUUCAAGUAGAAAUAUUCUUCCUCAAAAAAACUUUUUGGCGUGGGAUGCACCCGAGAUGCAGGUAUCAGAUGAAAAUCGCAUCAGCUCUUGGGAAGUGUCGGAUAUUUCUGGGAGCAGAUGGUCUUGAAAUGUAUUAAGCGACGAUGGAGUGAUUCGGUGUAUUAUAAUUUACUUGCCUUGAGCUAUCAAAAAAACAGUGUAUUUGGAUCAUAGACAAGAAUUAAAAUAAUAAUUACA